AUGAUUUUAUUAAAAGUUAGGCUUAAACAAAAGGUAGAAGAGAUAAUGCUUAAAAAUAAACUCUCUUAACUAAGUAAUACAAAGGUAGUUUACACAGCUAAUAAUAGAUAGUACUAAGGUUAAUUCCAUUAGAGAUAACUAUAUUUAUUCACUAGAAAAGAAGUUUUUAUUCUAAUAUUAAUGAUGUAUUCAAACUAGAUAGAGAAUGAUAAUCAAAUUAUGAAGUAAUCAGGAUUUUAUUAAAUCAACAUGGAAUAAAUCAAACAGAGCGAUUCUUAAUAAUCUUAUGAAAAGCUUAAAUGUAUUCAUUCUUAAUUUAUUUAGAAUGAUGAAUCAUCAAUUAUUUAGAUGCAAAUUCAAGAUAUAGAAAAUUAAAUCAGAGCGCAAUAAUAAAUAAUGUUUUCGUUGUAAUGCCAGUUUAAAACAAAAUUAGGCUGUCAUAAAAAAUCAUAUAUUAGUUAGUUAUUAAAUUUCAUAUUUUAGUUUAUGGAUGCAUUAUAUUAUCAAAAUUGGUUAACGCAGUUUGAUCAAUCGUUCAUUUAAAAAAAAUUACUAAAAGGUUAUGAUGCAUUUUCUUUAGCACUUGAACAUCUAGAAAUUGAAAAUAUUUCUACAGGUAAAUGGGGUUGCGGUAUUUUUCAUGGGGAUCUUACUUUAAAAUUUCUAAUCUAACUGCUUGCAUUUUCAUAAGCAUAUUAAGAUAUGAUAAAUAAGAAUCAAUUAGGAUAAAAUUAAAUUUAAAGAAGUAUCAUUUUUAAUUCAUUUAAUGAUGAAUAAUUUGAAUAUUUGGUUUAAGAAUAAAAAGCUUAGUUUUCUAAAUAGAAUUCGAGCAUAAAAUAUAUUCAUUAAUUAAUUGAAGAUUUGUCAAAAAGAGUCAAUUCUAAAAAGAACAAUUAUGCGAAGAAUUGA